AUGGCGCUCAACUUCGGCGCCAGUGAUGUUCUCGCUGGCAUCAAGCUAGCAGUCAAGAUAUACGAGUUUGGGUUCGUGGAGGAGAAUGCAGCAGAUGUUCGAUACAGGAACUUUCGUAACGACAUUCUCAAUUUCAGAUACCUCUUAGAUCGCCUAGAAACGGCACUCGACAACGCCAGCCAGCGAUACCAAAAGCGUGGUCCGAUCCUUGGAACGCAAGUCUACGACCCAUUAUCGACUGAAUUAGAGACUGAAAGGAAAGCUAUCGUGKGCAAUUUCCUCACUACCUUGCAGCAGUGCGAUCAGCUUCUUGAGAAGAACAAGCAAUUUCGGCAGCGGUCCAGCAGUGUCGUGGAGAAUAUUGUAUUCCAUUUACAGCAGCARGAGGCACCAAUGGAGGAUUUGCGAAAGCGCCUUCACUUUCACUCUGAAAAGAUUCGAUUUGUCUUGGACCGACUUUCCAUCAAUCUACUCACCGACAUUGAUGAGAAGGUAGACGAUAUACUCGCCAUCACCGAGAAGAAUCUCUUCAUCACAGAGGAGAUUCAACUGGAGUUGAAUCGACUACGCACCUUGUUGUUCGGAUACAUUGCCGGCAACAGCCUUCCUACACUCACAGAUUCCGAAGAGCGUCACGACGUGAGCGAUAGCAUCGCACGGAGACUCGGAGAGCAUCUUAAGAUCAACAUGCCUGCAGAUAUGGAAUCAAGAAUCACUCUGCCACAAUGGUUCGACAGUUUACUGAUGCACUUUGAGCAAAGCAACGAGUCUACUUCUGAUCAGACCCCUGAAAAGUACCUGGUAUUCCUGAAAACUCGCUGGCUACUACAGAGACUUCAGCAGAGCGAGUGUUUUCGAAGAGCUCGUCCAGGUGCCUAUUACAAGCGUGCAGUCAAUCGUAUCCAGCAAGCCAUCACUGCGAAGAUCCGAAAUCCUGGCGACUUGAUCCCCUAUGAAGAUGCCAUCCUGUUGGAUCUAUCAGAUUCCCACUUCCACAUAUGGCCCCUUCCGAUAUCGACAGAGACAGUCAAGUACAGCCAACCGCAUCCGCUCAUGGUGCGCGCAAACGAAGAGCGCAUAACACACAUCGAACUAGCCUUGCAGGGUCAAACCGACGCAGACUCGGUGACCAUUUUCAAGAGCUCCGAAGAGACAUUUCGCAUCGUGCUACAAACAUCACUGGCUUCCACUCCGGGUGAUAGGGUGGUUAUACCACAGACAGUACACGCGCAAGAAGAUAAAUUGAUACCCCGAUGGGCAUUCACCACCCUUCGAGAGCCGAGCUUGGAGAUUGCCAUUUUCUCGCGUGGCGAGGAGACGCUCUACAACUUCAGCUCCUUCAWGGAUCUAUGCACUUUCCAAGCAGCUUUGAUGGGGUAUGAGGUCUCUCAUAGCGAACACAACAUGAUUUGUUCCUUCAGCAAAGACGUUGAACUCAGGGAACUUGUCUCGGGACAUUGUCAACUCUGGCAAGAACCUGUCAUCCUCGCGGAAUCAACCCAAAGCGAAGGAUCAACUUCAGGAACAUCUCUAUCUCGCCACGAUAGUCUGACUCUAUCAAUGGCGCCCAAAAGCACCAUCACCCAAACUCAAGAUGGCUGGGAAGGAGACAGUAUCAAGCUCCCAUCAAUCACAUUCUUCUCCCAAACAGCCGAUCGCAAACGCUUCGCCGCCGUGUCCGCGGCAUUAAGUCCAGAUAUCAGCAUCGACUUUACGAAAUGCAAAUGCCAUCGAAACUUCAACCACUGUUCAAGAUUAGUUCUCACAAGUCGAAAACGAAGCAGAUUUCCAAUCCGAAUCCUAUUCUCUGGGACCGACAGAACAGGCCAACCAGAUCCCAAUAGUUUCGACAUUUUCCCCCUGAGAGCUACAAGUCCCACAGAUAAUGCCCGUAAAGUCUUGGUGAGAGAUACGGAAUUCUUUCAACUUGCUUUCGAGACGUUAUCGGCGAAACAACGUUUUUUGGAUGAAUUGCGAUUGCGGUUCAUGGUUCGAGAUCGACAAAUCCAGAACCGAGCGGAAUUCGAACGGGGAAUGCUUUAUAGACAAAAUCGUCCUAUACGCAGCAGUGCGAGAAGUCCCACGCUCAAAAACGCUUCGCUCUCUGCUGGACCGUCUUCAAUAUAUACUACGAACACGCGCAGUAGAAGGGAGAGUAGUAUCGCUGGGACCAUCGCCACGGUACCUACUUCGCUUGGGGAAUUCGAUUUCGAGGCGGGGUCUUCGCGAGAUAGUGGCUGCUGGAAUGAAUUUGGGGUGGGAGGUCAAUCUUCUUCACUGCCUGUGGGAUCUGGACGGGGACUUGUGGCUUUGAGGGAGGAUAGUGUACGGGAUGGGCAUAGAGGGGGUACGACUAGAGCUGUGUCUACGUUUGAUCAUUCGGAGGUUGAGGUUGAGACGGCGAGGAGUAGGGUUUCGAAGUGGAAGACGUCUAUCUUUCGGCAAUUGUAG